AUGGAGAAGAAAAACCACAUUCAGAGCCAAGAGAGCGGCAAAGCAGCCCUGAGACACAAGAGGCAACUAAAGCAACAUCCCAGCAAAUACACAGCAAGAGCUAGGUUUGUCUCCAAUGCAGGCCUCGCUUAUGAGACGGCGUCCAACUCGCUGGCUGGGAAAAUGGUGAACGUAGGCGACAAAGUUCUCUUUGCUCUGGCCAUCUGGACGAUGACUACAGAGGCCUUUCCCAAAGGCACUGAGAGGACAAAAUGCCACCUCGCAAAAUACAAGUCCCUGCCACCUCGGGAACUGGAGGCCUUCAAGAAAGCCAAGGACAAAUUUGAGGACAUGAUGCUGUCGUCAGACCGAAAAUGCAGCACCAGGAUUUUCCACCGGAACUGGGAAGUCAAAGAGCUGUCGGUGCACGAUAGAGUCGUCCUGGUAGAGAAGGAGCUGGACUUUACCAUUAAUGUGCUGGAGAAUGUUGAGGACCUCAGUCUGUCCAAGCUGCUCUCAAGGCCGCUAGAAAUCCUGACACAGAUCAGAGGGGACCUGAGGGACUGUACCAGACAAACUCAUUCUCAUCGACACUCCAGGAGGCUGAACAAUUGGCUCCAAAAUUUCCAUAAGAGCAAGGAGACGGAGGACAUCGUGCUGUUGUCAAACCGAAAAUGCAACACCAAGAUUUUCCACCGGAACUGGGAAGUCAAAGAGCUGUCGGUGCACGACAGAAUGAUCCUGGUGAAGGAGGAGCUGCACCUCGUUAUUGACGUGCUGGAGAACUUUGAGGAUCCCAGUCUGUCCGAGCCGCUUGUGAGGCCAUUAGAAAUCCUGAGGCACAUCAGAGAGGACUUGAAGAUCUGCACCAGCCAUCAGCCUGACGCCCAUCGACGCUCCGGGAGGCUGACUAGCUGGCUCCACAAAUUCCACGCAGCCAAGAAGAUGGAAACUCCAGGAUGCCUGGAAGCAUCUGUGAUCCUCAAUCUCUUCCGACUGCUGAACAAUGACUUGAAGUGCGCAGCCUACAUGGAGUCCUGCACCUAAACGCCAGAUCUUUACACUGUCUCACCUCAUGCAUCUAAUCAGACACUGGAGAGCCCAGCGAAUGGGAACCCUGAAUCCUUCCUACAGGACACUGUAUUUUAACCAGGUGUGAUGCUCUUUCCAUCUUGGCAUUUUACCACGGAUCCCACCACCCAUGAUCUCUGAACAAAAGAUUCACAUACAACUGAUCUUCAGGAACAGAUCUCUCCGACUCCAAUUGCCAGUAGCUGAUUGGUUCUAGGCCAAUUCCUUAACUGCAGCUAAAGUGUAGGGCCUGCUCCCCCUGAAAUCAAUGGGAGAUUGGCCAUUAAUUUCAGUGGGAUUAAAAUUUGGCCCUAGAGGAUAUUAUUAUUUAUUGUAUUGGUUUAUUGCUACACAAAAAUAUUUGCCAAUAGUAUGUGAAAUCUUGCCGUUAUUUAUUUUAAUUUAAAGGACUAGUUUUUUCACCCUGUUUCUUUGAUUUACAGACUAGUGAGUAUUUCAUUAGUGUCUUAGAAAGAUGCUGGAAAAUGCAAUAAUUUUCAUGCAUAGAAGGUGUUGCUGUAUAUGAUUCCUAGAAUCUAUUUUUGUUUUACUGGCUGACAUAAUGUUAAGCCAUCUGAUGCGAUCCUUAUUUAAACAAAUCUGAUUUUUAUUUAAGUUAUUUAUUGUAUCUAUCAUUUAUUUAUGUGCAUAUUUAUCAAAUGGACUGUU